AUGCAAAUAAUGAAGCCACCGUUCUCACCUUCUUCUUCCAUCAUUCGAAACAAAGGUCGUUUCUCCACUUAUCUUUUCACCCUUCUAGCUUUCAUAAUCUUUGUUACUAUCCUCUAUGGUGAAGACUUCAUGUGCAUCUUUGGUCAACAACUCCAAAGCUACUCUAACCAAGACAAAAUCUACUCCACACCUGAGAGGGUGAAGAAGCAUGUGAAGGUGCCGUUUGCUGUGGGGAAAACAGAAGAAGGGUGUGAUAUAUUCAGUGGAAGAUGGGUUUGGGAUGAGGUGAGUCGACCGUUGUACGAGGAAUCGGAAUGUCCGUAUAUACAACCUCAGUUAACUUGUCAAGAACAUGGGAGGCCUGACAAAGAUUAUCAACAUUGGAGGUGGCAACCGCACGAUUGCGAUCUUCCUAAAUUUAAUGCAAGCUUGAUGCUCGAAACACUUCGUGGAAAGAGAAUGAUGUUUGUUGGAGACUCUCUGAACCGUGGUCAAUAUGUUUCAUUUGUAUGCCUUCUCCAUCAACUCAUUCCUGAAGAUGCCAAAUCCAUGGAAACCUUUGAUUCUCUCACUGUUUUCACAGCAAAAGAAUACAAUGCAACAAUUGAGUUCUAUUGGGCACCAUUUCUUCUAGAAUCAAACUCGGAUAAUGCUGUAACUCAUAGAAUAUCUGAUAGAGUUGUAAGAAAAGGUUCAAUCAAUAAGCAUGGUCGAAAUUGGAAAGGCGUUGAUAUUUUAGUAUUCAACACUUAUCUUUGGUGGAUGACCGGUUUGAAGAUGAAGAUCUUACUUGGAUCAUUUGAUGAUGAAGUUCAAGAGAUUGUGACAGCUUCAACGGAAGAUGCUUAUCGAAUGGCAAUGAAAAGUAUGCUCAGAUGGGUAAGGUUGAAUAUGGAUCCAAAGAAAACUAGAGUCUUCUUCACUAGCAUGUCACCUUCUCAUGGAAAGAGUAUAGAUUGGGGAGGUGAAGCAGGAGGAAACUGUUACAAUGAAACAAAAUUGAUUAGUAAUACAACAUAUUGGGGAUCAGAUUGUAGAAAAAGUAUAAUGCAAGUAAUAGGUGAAGUGUUGAGCAAAACAAAAGUUCCAAUAACAUUUCUGAACAUCACACAGCUCUCAAGUUACAGAAGAGAUGCACACACUUCAAUAUACAAGAAGCAAUGGAGCACUUUAACUCAAGAGCAACUAGAUAAUCCUGUAAGCUAUGCUGAUUGUGUUCACUGGUGUUUGCCUGGUCUUCAGGAUAAUUGGAAUGAACUUUUGUUUGCGAAGUUGUUUUAUCCUUGA